AUGAAGGCCUCCAUCGCCACGACUACUGUCGCGGCAAUGCUGCUGCCCACACUCGUCGCCGGCGCCGCCAUUGACCUCGGAUCCCGAGAACCCUCGGGCGUCGACCCGUCCUAUGUCUGGGCCUCAACCAGCGGAGAUGAGGAGAAGAAGAAGCGCUCCGGCGUUGACCCGUCUUAUGUAUGGGCCUCCACCAGUGGCGAUGAGGAAAAGAGAAAGCGCUCCGGAGUUGAUCCAUCUUACGUCUGGGCAUCUACUAGCGGUGACGAAGAGAAGAAGAAGCGCUCGGGUGUCAAUCCAGCUUACGUUUGGGCCUCCACCAGUGGAGAUGAGGAGAAGGAAAAGCGCUCUGGCGUGGACCCAUCAUAUGUGUGGGCAUCGACUAGUGGCGACGAGGAGAAGCGCGACACCUCGGGCGUCAGCCCUGCCUAUAUUAUAGUGUAG